AUGCUGUCAGACUCCAGCUCCAAGUCAGACUCCGAUCAUUCAACUCCCAAAUCAAAGUUAAGCCCGCCAGAUACAGAUAUCUCUGGGUGGUUUCUGUCGUGGUCGUGGUCGUGGUCGCUACCGUUAUAUUUCCCCUUUCCCAGUCCCCCGGGUGCCUCAUCGCGACGAGCAUCCUCGACACUGCCAUUGCCAUUGCCAUCGUGGUCGUUCUACCCUGCGACCACGACUACUACUAUCACAACCACAACCGCGCCUGCGACGGCAAAAGUCGCAAACGUUCCAACGGCGUCGCACGCAGUCCCGUCUGCAUCGAAAAGCCGGAGAACCUCCAUAACGCCUCAUUCCCAUUCCCAUUCCCAUUCCCAUUCCCAUUCUCGCUCUCAUUCCCACCUGCAAUCCCACCUGCAAUCCCAAUCUUCAAAUGCCGCAGCGGCUUCAACGGCUAAUCCUCGACUUCCAUCGCCCACGUUUCAGCCGCCAUACCCAUCACCAUCACCUGUCCCUACCGCCUCAACAGACGAUAAACGUCCACAAGUAAGGGUCACUAGCCCGACGCGCUGGAGUUUACGCAACGCUCUCAUCGGUGGCGGGAACCCCGAUUUUAGUUCCCCAUUCAGAAAUCGCUCGGGCACCGUCGGGUCUAAUACCAGUAGAGGCCGUCGACGUCCUAGUGCUGCACGACUUUGGAAUCCAACAAAUUCAACACCACGAGCCCCAACAAAGAAGCGAAAUCGGUCGCGGGGUGAAGAGAAAGAAGGCCCGGCUGCUAUUGCUGUCCCACUAUCCCAUCCAGAUAUCGAAAAUCCUCGAGAGGGAGCUACCGCAGGAGGAUCGUACCCUCUACUGACAUUGUCAGAGCAGAGACAGAGUCUACAUUUGGGAUCUACGAGGGCGAGUUUACAGGUGGAGCGGAGUGGUAGUUCUGUCGGAUCGAAUAGGGUCUCGUUGCCGAGGAGUGUCAGUAUUGAUAUUGAACGCAGCAAGAAAGGCAAUUCCCCAACGUCUCCUAGGUUCAGGCUAGAUAAAGGAAAAGGGCGAGCAAUCGACACUGACGAGGGGAAUAAGGAUCAGGCAGGCGCAAAACCCAAGCACAUCAAAAUAACCAAUCUCAGAAACGGGGACGGAAGUCCUGUUGGCUUAGGACCUCCAUCAGCUGGAUUAUCUUUCAGAAGCAAAGCCAAGAUGUCGACUGAUCUCGAACGCGGACCCGAACCUCAAGGCUUGCAUAUUCCUGGCGGUAACUCGACCCUCCCGCACAAUGCCUCGAAUACCUCUUUACAUAGUGGCAUUGGGUCAGCCAUAUCUUCGGAUAAUUCAUCCAUAAUCGGCUCUGAAGUUCCGGGCAACGCGGCAGACGAAUGGGGACCUCAGCACCCAUGCUUUCCACACAUGAAUUCGCACGUCCCACUCUCGUCACCUCUAUACCAGACAACUCGCAUCAUACGGAUUCGGAGGGAUUGGAUGAUGGAAGGUGAUUUAGCACCUACCUUCUCAAACUUAUACCCCGAGAUUCUCGAUCCAGCUGGAGUGUCGGAACAAGAUUUCAGGACGAUUAUAGAACGAGUUAAUAAAGAGCUGGUACCUGCAUUCAAUCCCUUUGGUGCGCGAAAUAUCUUCGACGCCGUAAUGGGUUUAGUGACUGGGUGGAUAUGGGAUGAUUUUGGAUUCACAGCUGUGAAAUCAAGAUUAACUAAGGUCGAACAGUUUUUAGAAGAGUGGAAUACCAAGAUGGAGCAAAAGAGCAAGGAUGGACCGGGUUUUGCACCGAGGAUCGUGCCUCUUAGGCGGACUGGAUAUAUGAAUCUUGAUAUCCAAGUUCCUGACCCCGAAAUAUCCUACCCAGGGUCGAUGCCGCCAGACGACCGAACACCAACAGGCCUCUCGGGGGCUUCUCAAUAA